UAUGCCAAAAAAUCCUCCAGAUAAUCCUCUUUCUGUCUCCUGCCAGUAUCACAGCCAUAGCGGCCAGUAUAGGAGCAGCAACAGUGUCCAGUGCAGGACUGGUGACAAUGCUGAGGGAGGGACUAGUGGACGACUCCCUGCAGACCAGAACAGCUACACUAUCGACAAGCUGAGGAGUGGAACUAGCUAUGACAUCACUGUUACAGUAGUCAACCCUGCUGGGAACUCUUCCACCACCUUCACUCGCUCUACUGAGGGAGGAGAACGGUGAGCAGGUGAGCAGAACGGUACUUACCUUACGCUUUCAGCUCGUCAGUCGUGGUCCACCAGGCAACUGGCAUGCAGCAUGCUGCUGGUGUAACGAAGCCACUGGGAGGGAGGAGGAGGAGGUGAGUGGUGGUGAGGAGGGUGGGGGAAAAGGUGGUGAAGAAAACCAAAAGACACCUUCACAGACUCAUCAGGUCGAUUGGGAAGAGGAUGAUGGACUGAUGUCUCUUCCUUCUUUCUCAAGUGAUGAUUUUAUGGACAUGCACGUUGUGUAGUAGCUAGUUGUAUAUAGGAGUCGGUAUGUAGAUUUUUACUUCGCGAAGGCUCUUUCACGCAUGCGCAUAACUCCGCGCUGCGCACGCGUGUGGAAAGAACCC